UGACAUAUCUGACAUACCUACGCAAUACACAUAGUUCGGACCCCAAUUCCUUCCAGGUUAUUACCAAUGCCUUCCAAUCCCCCACCCUCGUUUGGAUCCCAAGCCUACUGGGACGAGCGCUUCACGUCCAACAUGGAUCCCUUUGAUUGGCUGGAGGAGCCCAAUGCCCUGGAUCCCUACCUUGUCGAUGCUCUGGAUUCCAGCCGUGCGGGUAAACCCGAGAUUCUGCACAUAGGCUGUGGGACAUCAUUGCUCUCUUUGCAUUUGCGCUCCCACGUAGACCGCCCGGGCCAGAUCCACAACUUGGACUACUCUGACGUGGCCAUACAGAUUGGCAAGGCCCGCGAAGAAGAAAUAUAUCAGUAUCAGAGCCAGCAAAAAGGCAAUACCCAGGGUACUCAUGCGCCUUGUAUGCGUUGGGACCUUGUCGAUCUCCUUGACUACAAGUCUUUGCUGCGUGCAUGCUCGCGUGCUUCGUAUUCUGUUGUAGUCGACAAGUCGACAUCCGACGCCAUUGCUUGUUGCGACGAUAUCUCUGUCCCAGUGCCAUAUCCCGUAGCAAUCCGUUCCCAUGAUCCCGUGCAGUUGAGUUCAGCUGCAUCCCAGGAACCCAUACACCCAUUGGCUGUCAUGGCUGUCAAUUUGGCACUCGUGACAAAACCCGGAGCCCGCUGGAUAGCCUUGUCAUACUCGCAAGACCGCUUUGAUGUCCUUGAUGCUGCGUCAGAUGUGGUUCCCAAAGGUAUGAUGUUCCCGCGUCCUGCUGACUUGUGGCACUUGAUCGAACGGCGCGAAAUCGACGAUGUAGAAUCUCAAGCACAGGUCGAUGAGAAAGACGGCUCUGUGACAUACAGGCCAAAG